CGCCGCCACCAGCAGCAGCAGCAGCAGCAGCAUCGCCCCCCUGUAUGUUCUCUCCUCAUCAAUAUGCGCUUCAGCUCCUGAAUGUAAGAGCCUCUCGCACAGUCAGAGACGGCAAAAAGGAAAGCGGAGCCAAUAUUUAUGACAGGGAGGCGAUGUCAGCCCAUAUUUCACAUCUGACUCCAUCUACAGCGAGCUGCUGACUUUUCCGCGGCUCAGUCUACUUUCUUGCUUUUUUGGGGGGGCAAUCGAUGGAUUUACUCUGGAUUUGAAGAGUGUCCGUCUCGGCUGUUGAUUGCAGGGGGGUGAGCUCUCUGCUGUUGCUGCCUUCGUGCUUUACAAUUACAAAAAGGAAAAGGGGGGAUGUUUGCUUUGCACAAGCUUCGUCAAUUUCGCGUCUUGUCCGCACUGGUUAUCGGUUCGAUUGUGUGUUGCGCAAAAAGCGUCAAUGAACCGGGCAACAUGUCUUUUGUGAAGGAGACGGUGGAUAAACUACUUAAAGGAUACGACAUCCGACUGAGGCCGGACUUUGGAGGGCCCCCUGUCGCUGUUGGCAUGAGCAUAGACGUGGCCAGCAUAGACAUGGUGUCAGAAGUCAACAUGGACUACACGUUGACUAUGUAUUUCCAGCAGUAUUGGAGGGACAAGCGCCUGGCCUAUGUGGGAAUCCCUCUCAACCUGACACUUGACAACAGGGUUGCUGACCAGCUCUGGGUCCCCGACACCUACUUUCUCAAUGACAAGAAGUCUUUCGUCCAUGGAGUCACAGUCAAAAACCGCAUGAUCCGCCUGCAUCCAGAUGGGACUGUCCUCUAUGGACUCAGGAUAACUACAACAGCAGCAUGUAUGAUGGAUCUCAGGAGGUAUCCUCUGGAUGAACAGAACUGCACUCUGGAGAUAGAGAGCUAUGGCUACACCACAGACGACAUCGAGUUCUACUGGAAGGGAGGCGAGACGGCUGUGACGGGGGUGACACGGAUUGAGCUGCCUCAGUUCUCCAUUGUCGAUUACAAGCUGGUGUCCAAGAACGUAGUCUUUUCCACAGGUGCCUACCCUCGACUGUCUCUGAGCUUCAAGCUGAAGAGGAACAUCGGCUACUUUAUUUUGCAGACGUACAUGCCAUCAAUCCUAAUUACCAUCCUCUCCUGGGUGUCCUUCUGGAUAAACUAUGAUGCGUCAGCAGCCAGAGUGGCUCUAGGGAUCACCACUGUGCUAACCAUGACCACUAUCAACACCCAUUUGAGGGAGACACUCCCAAAGAUCCCCUAUGUUAAGGCUAUUGACAUGUACCUGAUGGGCUGCUUCGUCAUGGUUUUUCUGGCCCUGCUUGAGUACGCCUUCGUCAACUACAUCUUCUUCGGGAGGGGCCCACAAAUGCAAAAGAAACUGGCAGAGAAGGCAGAAAAGGCCAACAACGAGAGGGCGGCUAAGUACGACGCGGCAAGGGAGGCAGGUAGUAGGACCGCGUCCCUAAAACGGUCCAAUCAGGUUAAAGGUCUUCGCCACUCACGCUCGGCAGAGCCACAUGGUCAUGGGAACAUUCUGCUGACCACCCUGGAAAUCCAUAAUGAAGUGGCAGGAGGUGAGAUCACCACCAGCGUGGCAGACAUUAGAAACUCUCAGUCCAUGGUGCAGCUGGACAGCACUGCCUCAUCGCACAUCCAGUAUCGCAAGCAGAGUGGCGGAAUCGGUCCAUGCUCUGCUAGCCGUCACUCCCUGGACCGCUCCGCUCAGAUGAAACGCAGCCGCCUGCGGAGGCGGUCCUCGCAGUUAAAAAUCAAAAUCCCCGACCUGACGGAUGUAAAUGCCAUUGAUCGCUGGUCACGGAUCAUUUUCCCUUCCGUGUUCUCAAUCUUCAACCUCAUCUACUGGCUCUACUAUGUCUGAUUGGACUGUUUUGUUGAGGUGUUUUAUUCUGUUUUGUUUUUUCGUUGUUGGUUUUUUUUGUGACUUUUUUCAUUUCAUUUGUUUUUCUUCCUUUUCUCUGUUGCUUUUAUACAUGAUGGAAUCUGCCACGUUGAAGACUGUAACACAAUAAGACAAGAGUGAAAAAGAGACUGAGAAAAGACUACUGAGUUUUGGACCAAGUUCUCAUUUAAGUUGUUUUUAUAUUUGCAGUCUUUGAACCCUUAGUACCGAGUUCUUUUUAUUUUUGAAAGUAUGUACUGUAAUUGGGAUUUGUGACAGUCAUUUCCCAACACAUUUGCCCUCUCAGUAAUGUGUAAAUAGCAAGAUACAAAGCCAGCAAUUGAAUAAAUAUUACAGUAUUUGCAAAAAAAAAAGAAACAAGAACCAGUUAAGUUAAAGAUUUUUCUAAUUAAAAAAGUAAGAAAUCUUUAUACUACACAGGUGAUCAGAUAAGUGCAGGCAACUCCUAGAAAUCAUUUACCCUAUGCACUAUUAAUGCAUGUAAUGAUCAGCCGUAGUAGAAAAAUAAUGAGUACUUUUUGCCUUCGGUAAUAGCACAACUUCACAGCAACAAACCAAUGUGUGUUUGUUUAUAGCAUUAAUAAUAUACUUCCUACUAAAUACAAUUUAUCAUGCAUUGAACUGGUAAACCUUUACCCAAACACAAUAACUUCAAACUCUUAACAUCCCCCAGGUCACUGGCAACCCAUUUAGGGGUAGGUUUAGGCUAAUAUCUACCUUUUUUUAAAGACUUUAUCACCUACUUGGAACAUCCAGAAAAAAAACUGUACGGCCAAAAUGAAUGUACUUCAUUUGAAAGGUAGCAUAGUUUCUUCAAAUGUGCCCAUUUCCUAUGUUAAUUAAACAGAACCCUAGAACUGACCCUAGACUGACCACCGAUGACCAGCUGGAGGUUAGGAGUUUGAAGUGGAGGUUUUUGUCCUCUGUUCAGAAUGAUUAUGACUCAGGUUCUGAAUUUUUUGGGUGUCUUUUUCUUAAAAACCAAACAAAAAAAAUGUCGCUGAAAUAACUUUUUUGGUCAUUUGAUAAGGGGAAUAGAAAAUAAUAAGCACAACUCUGACAACUGCCAUUUCUUUCCUCUUCUACCUUCAACCAACAACACUUUUCAAGUGAUAGCAUGACAGAAUUGCACUUAAAUUUCUCCAACAUUCUAGAAAAACUGUUUAAGAAAACUGCCAAGGGCCUUUUGGGCAAUACAGUUAUUACUUAUCUCAUGAAAUAUUAUGAUAUUUUUGUACUCUGCAUCUUGAGGUCUUCAUUUGAGUUCCUAACCUAUUCUUGUUUUCUUUUGCGCCAUCUCCGUUGUGGUAAUAGAAUAAAAGACCCAUUUUUUGUACAUAAGUUCAUAGGUGUGUAUAUACAUAAAUGUGUAUAUGUAUAUAUACAUGUGUAUAUAUAUAUCUAUAUAUAGCUAUGAGAGGUGGGAUCAAAAAGUUCCAGGGAUGGGCCUCUGAAAAUCAAAACUCUUUCUCAUUUUAAAUUUGGGUCAGUAGACUUUAGUUCAAGGUUAUCUUCUCACGUACCAUUCACUGUUAACAGUGCAUUUUAAGGUCACUUAACAGAAGUCCUGUGUUUCUCUAUUGCUCACUGGAUCCACUCAAGUAUCUCAACAUUUCAGAUUGAUUUUCUUUUACAUAAUCUGGAUGAAGCAAAUCUAGCAAACAGAUCUACCAGAUUUGCAAAUAGAUUUGCAAAUCUUGCAAAUAUUGUGCUGAUGUUGUCAAGAAAACAUGCAUUUUGAAUGCACUUAGUGCUGGCACACACCACCGUUUUUGUAGUUCAGUGCUAAAUGUUCUGCAUUGAUCCCUCAAGACAUUACCAUAGAGGUCUGCAUUGACCGGAUGAUCCCUGGACAAAUUCUUGUUGCAAAAACCAGUGAAUUCCAACAAAAUGUAUGACAGUACCCCUGUCACCAGUGAUGACAAUUCCAAUACUUACUCCACAAUAAGUGUUUCAAUGAAAAUCACUGUGUUGGGUAAUUAACAAAUCUACAAGGCAUGUGAGAUGACAAUAUGUCACCAGUUGUGUAAGACAACAAUCACGCUCAGUCAUGGUACAGGCAAUUGUGCGUAGUGUACACCUAAGGACAGAAUUUCUAGGCAUAGCCAGGUGGCAGAAAGCUUCCACUUUGGUGCCCUCAGAAUCUCAUCACUGCUUUUUGCAGAUGAUGUGGUUCUGUUGGUUCUAUGAGGUGUGGGUCUCAUGCUCGCACUGGAGCAGUUCGCCAGUUGAUCUAUGUCCCUACCCUCACCUGUGAUCACAAGCUGUGGAUACAAGCGGCAGGAAUGAGUCUAUUCUGAACUACUGUGUUAAUGCAGCCAGGGAUAUAACCACCAACCUAAAUUGUGAGUUAGUGGAAGGCCUACUCUACAGGCACCCCUAAUUAAAUUGCCCAACUUUAAUAAGUUAAAAACCACAAAUCAGCAGUAUAAAAAAGUCUUUUGGUCUCUUUGAAUAGUUUGCCACUUCGUCAGCAACACUAAAUGGGGCUAAUUUUCUUAUAACUCACCUACCUGGAUAAUUGUUUUGGGCUCAAACCAAUGAUCACAUUGUCUGUCAGUUCUUGUGAUUGGACUCUGUGGGGCCUCAUCUACUUCUUUCAGUCGUUAAAUUGGACUGCUUCACUGUAGGUUUCUUCAUGGCGCCUUUUUGAGGCAUUUUAAUUGGUUAUUUGAUGCUUUGCUGUGAGGUAGAGACCUUUCAAGUAGGUCAACCAAUAUAAUUUAUGAACACAACCAGCUAGCUAGCAUUAGCUGCUAACUUAGGACUCCAUCUUUUUAUUCAUUCAUUUCUGGCUCCAGAAACAAACAUGGCAACUGCUAAAACAUUAACAUUAAAGCUCCAUAUUUGACACCCAUAACCAGUGGUGACAAAAAUCAUCAUCGUCAUCAUCAUCAUCAUCAUCAUCCAUGGUGCCAUGUUUUAGUCCUUUGACAUAUAUAUACAUUUAAGAUGUGCUGUGAAAAUGACCUUGAACAGUAGCUCAGCCAAAUUAAACUGGUAUGGAUUUUGAUUUUUUCGGGAGCCUGUUCCCAGAAGUUUUUGUUCACAUCUUGUAUAUCUCUGCGUGUACAACCCCAAAAUGAAAAUGAUCUUUUUGUGAUUGUCAUACUGGCAAUUAACAUAAUUUAGUAGAAAGAAUUAAACUAACAGAUCUGUUUCAUGCAUCCGUUUAGUUUUGAGCAUUUGUGGGGCACUCUGAAGACAUUCCUACCCAAUAACUCCACUCAAGACACUGUAUGUAUGUUCAGCUGUACUGAGUGAUGCAAAUGGAUUCCAUAGAGCCCGAAGAUGGACCAAGAUAACUGAUCUGUCGUGUAAACAAAAGCACAUACUAGUAUUGAAUGUAUCAGAUCCAUUCUUCAGGGAGAGGAUAAUGAGCCAUGAUCAUAAUUUUUCCAUCAGAAUGUAACACCACAUUGUGAGUGACAAAUAGAAUAGAGUGAGAAAGUAAAAAGAUGGUGCUUUACUAGUGUGUGCAUGUGCAUGUGUGAUGGAAAGUGGAUAUGGAGCCACUGAAAAUUUGUUUUCUUGCUGCUUGCUCAACUAUGGACAAAUGUCAACAUAUAAUAGUUUUCUGGAUUAAAAAUAGCUCUACUGUCAGACUCUUUUGACAAACUGUGUGCCAUUCCACCUAAGGUCGCAGAGCCAUCAACCAGUUUUAACUUGAGGAUGUACAUUUGAAGCAUUCUUGAUCAAUUGCAGAUACAUGGAAUACAUCCACUAUUUGUGCAUGUACACGAAUACAUGUAGAGAAAAAAAAGGUUCUUGAUAACCGUGAGUUUGUUGACAGAAUACAAUCAGUGGAAAAAAUGUAAAGUUUUCUUUGUACAGGUUGAUAUAUGACUAAGAACUGAAUGUAUUGUACUUGGAUUGUUUCUGCACAAUUGCAGUUUGCUUACUGGAAAAAGGAUUGACCUCAGUACUGAUUAAUAUAGAGCUCUUGUGACCCCAAAUCACAUUUUCUGCUGUGUAUACAGGCAAAUAAGACCAGGGUACAAGAAAGAAAUGGCAGCGAAAUAAUACAUAAGUCUGCUUAGGCAUAAAGUUAAGGAAAAUGUACGCUUUUAUGCAACCUAACAAGCAUCUACCCCUACAAAGUUGCUCUAGAGAUGACCUGAAACAGACAUUCUGCUUCCUAUUAUAAUAGUAACAACAAUAAUAAUGCUAUUAUACUAAAAUUAUCUGCAGUCCAGUCAGAAGCACAACAGAGGGUGUGUGUAAGAUGGUCUCCAAUAGGAAUUGUAAUUAAUGGCGCUAAAUGGUUUUAAUAGUUGCAUAUGCUUAUGCUUCAAGAGAAAUAAACCCAGAUAUUUAUUUAUUACAUUUUGCAAAUACAGUAUCUGUAAUAUUUUGCUGAAAUCUGUGAAAAAAAUAAAAAAUUGAAAUAUUAUGUUUUUGUCAUAAGCCAGUCAAAAAGAACAAACAAAAUUUACCCUUUUGGGCCCUGUUCAUUCUGGACCAUUACCUGAUCGUAAUAUAAUUCCAGCUAGCAAAAGCUUUUAAAUAUAUUAGAAGUUCUACGGUAACUCUGUGAAGUAGUUCAUCUGGUAUUGGACAUGUCAUCCCCUUGAAGGCGAAAUCUGUCCAAAAAAACUUUACCCAACGGUGUGUUACCAGCACAAAUGGAGACUACAAAAUAUUUUUGGAAAUCCAGAAAAUAUUGCUCAAUCAUCAAGUGAUUUACAGUAAUGUGGAAACAAUUUUAUUUCACUCAGAUACAAAUUUGUCUCCACAUCGCCAUUGUGAAAUUGACUAGACUUUGUAUGUAAUUGCGCUACAUGUUGUUUUGCAAUGAACACACAGUAAAAGAAAAUGUCUUUGACUUUGGUCUUGGUCACAGAGCAUUGUUUGGGAAUAUCUUGCAUUAAUGCAAAAAAGUAAUGAAACCAGUCUGUCCAAAGAAGAUUCAAACUGCUUUGUGUAGUUUGAAGGACAAUAUUUGUACCCAUAUAAUGUUGAUGAAGCUUCAGUCUAGUGUAAAUAAGACUGAACACGGAAGCUAAAGAAAAAACCUUUUACAACACGUAUCUAAAAAGAUCUUCCUGGCUAACUGGUUUGCUUUGAAUGACUUUUGGAUAAUGUGCUGGCAUUACAACUGGUCAAUGUGUGAGUCAUUUUUUUUUUUUAAAUUACUGAACUACAAAGCGCAGUUUACGAGUAAAAGAAGGCAAGUGUUAUAAACUCUAGAUACCUGUUUAUCAUGCAUGCAACUACAAUUCGUAACUUUGGAGAAUUAAAAAGAAAAAAAAGAUUUAUUGCACACUCAUUUAUAAGAGCUGUCAGCUGCUCAUUUUAGAAAUGACACAAUGCCGUGUGAGCCUACAUCUAAUAAAUAAAUAAAUAUUAAAAAAUAAAAAAUAAAAAUAAAAAAAAGUCAUUGAAUACUUCAGGUGUUGUAUGGCCUUGGUCCCAUAAUGGAAUGUGAAAUGUUCUGUGCUGCCACAAAAUGUAUUUAGGCUUAGAUUUAUACUGUAUAUCUCUGUAUGUUUCUCUUCCUUUUUCGGUAGAUUUCCAUGUUAAAACAUCAAAUAAAUGAUAUACAUUG